AUGUCUGUCGUCGCACGCGCGAGCCGCAUCCGUACCAUUUGCGACAUCCAAGAAAAAUUCCGCAAUGGCAUCUUCGAAUUCCCCAAGCUGGUCGCAACAGCCGACAAAAUGGUCCGCGCGGCCAAACUUCUCAACAUCCCCACCUUCAUCACGACGCAAAGCCGCGCAAAACUAGGCAACACUGUCCCCGAGCUCGCCUCCAAUCUCACCGGUGACCAUAUCCGCGCCGACGUCGACAAGACCCUCUUCUCCAUGAUAACCCCCGAGAUCGAGAAGCAGCUGCCCGUGAAAGCCAAGGACCCAUUAGACGUGAUCAUCGUCGGCAUCGAGACGCAUAUCUGCGUCACGCAGACUACGCUGGAUCUAUUGGCGCGUGGGCACAGGGUGUAUGUGCUGGUGGACGGGGUGAGCAGCAUUAAUCCUGAGGAGCGGGGGAUUGCACUGUCGCGGCUGCGCGAUGCCGGAGCGACGGUGACGAGUAGUGAGAGUGUGCUGUUUGAACUUUUGGGGGAUGCGAGCCACGAGCAGUUCCGAUCUAUUAGUCAGUUGGUCAAGGAGACGAAGGAGGAGACGAAGGGGGCGUUGGGGGUGUUUUCGAGGAUUUGA